AGACGAUCCAGUAAUAAUGUCAUGUAGUACCAGUGGGAAUAAUUUCCGCGUUAAGCAACCAACCUUUUUGUUCUUUAGGCUUUCAACGCCUUCGCACCUUCCUUCCUCUUCCCCUCCUUUUAUCCUCCUUCUAUUUUCAACUCUUAUCAUCAAUUUCAUCAUCUAAUCUAAUUCAAAAGAGAAAAUCCCCUAAUUUUAUUCAAUUUUCCUGCAAUUUCUUGAUUUUUCGAUCGAAAAUUAAGAGGGCGUGAUUUGAGUUAAUCAAUAUGAGUUUCAUCUUCGGAAAACGCAAAACUCCUGCAGAGCUUCUGCGGGAGAAUAAGAGGAUGUUGGAUAAGUCGAUACGAGAAAUCGAAAGGGAGAGAGCGGGUUUACAAACGCAAGAGAAGAAAUUAAUUGCCGAAAUCAAGAAGAGUGCUAAGCAAGGGCAAAUGGGAGCUGUCAGAAUCAUGGCAAAAGAUCUGAUUAGAACAAGACAUCAGGUUGAGAAGUUCUAUAAGCUUAAAUCGCAACUUCAGGGUGUUUCCUUGAGGAUUCAGACAUUGAAAUCAACACAAGCCAUGGGAGAAGCAAUGAAAGGAGUUACAAAGGCCAUGGGGCAAAUGAAUAGGCAGAUGAAUCUUCCAUCACUCCAGAAAAUAAUGCAAGAGUUUGAGAGGCAAAACGAGAGAAUGGAGCUCACCAGCGAAGUCAUGGGAGAUGCAAUUGACGACGCUUUGGAGGGAGAUGAAGAGGAGGAUGAAACAGAUGAGCUUGUUAACCAGGUGCUUGAUGAAAUUGGUAUCGAUGUCAACCAAGAGCUUGUGAACGCACCAUCAGGUGCAGUGGCUGCACCUGCAGCUAAGGGCAAGGUUGCCCAGGCUGAAGCAACAACUACUGGUAAUGAUGAUGGUGGGAUUGAUGAUGACUUGCAAGCAAGGUUGGAUAACUUGAGAAGAAUGUAGUCUCAUGUGUCACAUUAGUCCAUACUUUAAACAAGAGAGUUCAAUAUAUGAUGUCUAUUUUGAGCAAAAUUUUCAGCUUAAUGUUUGAUGCAAUGCCAGCUGACUUUAUUUUGUUUGUGUAUAUAAUAAACUUUUAGAUUGAUUUACUUCCUAAUGAAGUUGCAUUUGCCUGGUGAGGUAAAAUAGAUGAUGUUUAUCAAGUUAUUACCACUCAAUAGAGUACAUAUGAAUAUAUAUACAUUUUUUUGCCCAUA